AGUCGUAUUAUUUAUUUAAAGACAAAAUGACUGAACAGUCAAUUUCUUCUAAAAAUGUUUUAAUCAAUGGAAAUUCAAAAUUAAAUUAUAACAACGAAACACUCGAUGCUUCUGCAAAACCAAUUAAUGAAAUGACAAGUAAAGACUACUAUUUUGACUCUUAUGCUCAUUUCGGCAUUCAUGAGGACAGUUACAUAUCGAAAUGCAAUUUACCACAAUCGUCACUUGUUUAAAGGAAAGGUUGUGAUGGAUGUUGGUUCCGGUACGGGUAUACUUUCGAUGUUUGCUGCUAAGGCUGGAGCUAGGAAAGUUUUUGCGGUUGAGUUUUCUAGUAUGGCUAAUCAAUCAAAACAAAUUAUUAAAGACAACAAUUUGGACCAUAUUAUUGAAGUUGUUCACAGCAAAGUUGAGGAUAUUCAACAUUUGCCAGAUGGAUGUGAAAAGGUUGACGUUAUCGUUUCUGAAUGGAUGGGUUAUUGUCUUUUUUAUGAGUCUAUGCUUAACACUGUGAUUUAUGCACGUGAUAAAUGGCUAGCUCCAAAUGGUAUUUUGUUUCCUGACAAAGCGGUUUUAUAUGUUUGUGCUAUUGAAGAUCGCCAAUACAAGGACGAAAAGAUCAACUGGUGGGACAAUGUUUAUGGUUUUAAUAUGGCAAGUAUUCGCCAAGUUGCUAUAACUGAGCCGUUGGUAGAUGUUGUUGACAGGGGUCAGGUGGUUUCGGACAAUUUUGCAAUUAAAGAAGUUGAUCUCUAUACAGUCACUGUUGCCGAUCUUACAUUUGAAUCUCCAUUCACUCUUCGGUUUAUCCGCAACGACUAUGUUCAAGCCUUAGUUUCUUUUUUCACUAUUGAAUUCACUAAAUGCCAUAAACGUGUCGGAUUUAGUACUGCGCCAGACCAGAAAUAUACGCAUUGGAAGCAAACAGUUUUUUAUCUUUGUGACUCUAUAACUUGCAAGAAAGGGGAGCAGAUGGAAGGAGUUUUUGGUGUUAUGCCCAAUUCAAGAAAUCCGCGUGACUUGGACUUCCGUAUUACUAUUAACUUUGCCGGUGAGCUUUGCGAAUUGCAAGAGAACAACAAAUAUGUUAUGCAUUGA